AUUGGGAUGUGGAAGGAGCACAGUAUGCGACCUUUAUACAGAAUGCUGUCCGAACUUAGUUAAACUUCAUUAAAAGCAACCGAGGAAUAGUUGCCGAUCUUUUCUUAUGAAUUCAGUCGCAUUAAUUUGUGCAAUUUCUCUUUCUUCGUCAACAUUAUGCACAUUAUUUAAUUUGAACAAUAUUCUCAGUUUAUUCGUGGUAGUAUAGUAUGCUGAUUUUGUUAUUGGCGACAAAGGAGACACGUUACCCAUCAGAUUUAUAUUUUAACUUAUUUAAAGCGUAUCCGUUAAUUCCGUUAAAUCUCUAAAAGCUGCGUUCAUCGCGCACAAAUAAGUCAAAGCUGCAGCCUGCAGUAAAGUUAUUUUGCCCAGAAUAGCGGAGCCCCGCCCUCCCACGUGUGUCUGCUGCAGCGGACCGAGACAGUUAUUAGGUGUGUGAGCGAGCGUGCGUGAGGAGGUGAAGCGAAACGGUGGUCGUUACUGACGGUGAAACCGAUCAUCUAUGAAAAGAUCGAAACCUUAAGGAGCACGGAAAGUGGAGGAAGACAGGGCAGAGAUGUCAGACAGCUCUAUUCCAGAGCAGGAAGCAGAAGGGCUUCAGAAGCGUUUUAAAGAUGUCGGACUUGACCCUGCCUAUUGGCUUCCAAAAUUGAAAGUAAAGCUGGGUAUCAUUUCUGUCCAAGCCUUACCAUAUGUGGGAAGAGAAGACUAUGAAAAACUCUUACCAUACUGCAAAGCAGAUUGGGAGAAAAGAGCACUUAAAAGUGUAUUUAAUAUAAAGGAUGACAAGUCUGAAGUUGAAAAAUUACAAAAGGAACGAUUAGAGAAGGCCAAAAAAAGACAAGAGGAGAGCAGGUGUAUGCUGACAGAACUUAGAGCGUUGUAUGAGCAGGGCAAGGAACGGAGUGACCAUGACGUAGAAGCCAUAAAGCAGAAACUUCAGAGAGAACUUGAAAUACCCCCUGAGUAUUGGUCAACCUCAACUGUCCCAUUGAAAGCUGUGAUAGAAAAUAUGCAGAAACAUCUGGACUGUAUGGAGUCCUCACUUCAAAAGAGUGAGAACCUGUCAGAUAGAGAGAUUUUUAAGAAUGCAUCAGGCGGUCUUGCCUUAGAGGGAAUUUACAAGACAAACAAACUUGAGGACCUUAUGAAUAAGAGGGAGCAAUUGAUAGAUCUCCAUCAGUCCUUCUCUCUUGCUGGACCACAAGAUACUCAGAUCUUUGAACAAGUUGAGGUUUCAUCCCAUGAAUCAGAAGCCACUUUUGGAAAGGUGAUGGAAAAAAUGGGAAGAAGUAUUGCUGCUGAAGUUAAAGGUGGUAGAUGGGGUUUCAGCUUAGAUGUGCAGCUACAGCAAAAAACAUCUUCAGAAUUUACAGGGGCAAGUAAUUCAUUGACAGAGAAGAGCUACAUCUGCACCACAAAAUAUAAUUACAUUCCACUCGCCUCAUACUUUAUUAACAAAUCAGAUCUGACUCUAACAAAAGCAGCACUUGAUGAGCUCAAAAAGAUUGAAAUGCUUGUAAUGAAUACCAAUGACAAAGAGCUUCAAUUGAAAGAGAUGCAAACAUUUUUUGACAGAUUUGGAAGUCAUGCAAACCAAGGCCCUCUUCAUUUUGGAGGUAUAUACUGGUGGAAGGCCUCCUGUGAAGGAUUUCACUCUCAAGAAACUGAAGAGGUGAGAAGGAUUGUAUCAGAGUCAUUAAAUUCUUACAUUGGUGCCAGUUACAGUGGAUUUGGCUUAAAUGUUUCAGCAGGAGGUGGCAUAGAGAUGUCAUCUUCAGAAGAAUCAGUUACUGGAAAGACAAAGGACAUUCUGAAAAGUAAAAUUCAACUUACAGUGUCAAAAACUGGUGGCCCAGAAGCAGCUGAUCAGCUUUUACAAUGGAAAACUGGACUGACAUCCAGCAGCAAGACUUGGUCUGUCAUUGACAGAGGACAGCAUUUGGUGCCAGUGUGGGAAAUAAUCUUGUCUAGUCAUAGUACAGAAUUUAGAAAUGUACAAACAGUUGCAGAUUGUCUUGCUAAAGGAUAUGAAACUUUAUCUGGAUUAAAGACAAGUGAUUUAACUGGUGCAGAGCUGGGCAUCAUCUUCAAAGAAGUUCAAGAGGUCUUGAGUACCAUUAAGUCAUGGAAUGCCUCUGACCCUGAGCAGCACUUGAUACAGCUAUCAGAACUGAAAAUUAACCUGAUUGACAAAACAAAGAGCUGGUUUUUUAUAUUCUAUUGUGUCAACACAUAA